GCGAAGAAUGGCGGCGCUUCCCGGCACGGUACCCAGGAUGGUGCGGCCGGCUCCCGGGCAGAACUACCCUCGCACGGGGUUUCCGCUGGAAGUAUCCACCCCGCUUGGCCAAGGCCGGGUCAAUCAGCUGGGUGGGGUCUUCAUCAACGGGCGACCCCUGCCUAAUCACAUCCGCCACAAGAUCGUGGAGAUGGCCCACCACGGCAUCCGGCCCUGCGUCAUUUCACGCCAGCUGCGUGUGUCCCACGGCUGCGUCUCCAAGAUCCUCUGCCGCUACCAGGAGACUGGGUCCAUCCGGCCCGGGGCCAUUGGCGGCAGCAAGCCCAGAGUGGCGACUCCGGACGUGGAGAAAAAGAUUGAGGACUACAAGAGGGAAAACCCGGGCAUGUUUAGCUGGGAGAUCCGAGACCGCCUGCUGAAGGACGGGCACUGUGACCGCAGCACCGUGCCCUCAGGUUUAGUGAGUUCGAUUAGCCGAGUGCUCAGAAUCAAGUUCGGGAAGAAGGAGGAGGACGACGAAGGGGACAAGAAGGAGGAGGACGGCGAGAAGAAAGCCAAGCACAGCAUCGACGGCAUCCUGGGCGACAAAGGGAACCGUCUGGACGAGGGCUCAGACGUGGAGUCAGAACCCGACCUCCCUCUGAAGCGUAAGCAGCGCCGUAGUCGGACCACGUUCACGGCCGAGCAGCUGGAGGAGCUGGAGAAGGCCUUCGAGAGGACCCACUACCCAGACAUCUACACCCGAGAGGAGCUGGCACAGAGGACCAAGCUGACCGAGGCGCGCGUGCAGGUCUGGUUCAGCAACCGCCGUGCCCGCUGGCGUAAGCAGGCAGGAGCCAACCAGCUGGCAGCGUUCAACCACCUUCUGCCAGGUGGCUUCCCGCCCACUGGCAUGCCCACGCUGCCCCCCUACCAGCUACCGGACUCCACCUACCCCACCACUACCAUCUCCCAAGACGGGGGCAGCACCGUGCACCGGCCCCAGCCGCUCCCGCCGUCCACCAUGCACCAGGGGGGCCUGGCCGCGGCGGCCGCAGCCGCGGACACCAGCUCUGCCUACGGAGCCCGCCACGGCUUCUCCAGCUACUCCGACAGCUUCAUGAACCCGGCAGCCGCCUCCAACCACAUGAACCCCGUCAGCAACGGCCUGUCGCCUCAGGUGAUGAGCAUCCUGAGCAACCCCAGCGCGGUGCCGCCGCAGCCCCAGGCUGACUUCUCCAUCUCGCCGCUGCACGGCGGCCUGGACUCCGCCACCUCCAUCACGGCCAGCUGCAGCCAGCGGGCGGACUCCAUCAAGCCGGGAGACAGCCUGCCCACCUCGCAGUCAUACUGCCCGCCCACCUACAGCGCCACCGGCUACAGCGUGGACCCCGUGGCUGGCUACCAGUACGGCCAGUACGGCCAGACUGCUGUUGAUUACCUGGCCAAAAAUGUGAGCCUGUCCACACAGCGUCGCAUGAAGCUCGGGGAGCACUCGGCUGUGCUGGGACUCCUGCCUGUGGAAACUGGCCAGGCUUACUAGGGCCCCUGGGGCACCUUGCCCCAGCCUGAGUCCCAGCCUAACCCUUACUGAUCCCUGAGCCUCCCAUCCUCAGUCCCUCCAU